GAGUAGAAUUUCAGACGUUUACGCAUGCUGCUCUCAAUAGCACCGGUACCACAUUAGUACCAGUACCCGAUACAUACUUUUUUUCUUGUCUACUAAAUGCAUCAUGAAAAUGGCAAUUUAGAUUUUAUUGAACAAAAAUUUAGUUAAAGUGCGCGUGUGAUUAAUAAAAAAAAAUUGCCAAAAAAAAAAUGGUCUGAAGAGAAAAAUUGAAGUUUUGUGAAUUCACAUUGAAACUACUUACAAGAUUUAAGGCGGAAAGUAUCUACUUGGAAGUAAAGAAAAACUAAUAUAGAUUAUGUGUUCAAUGGUCGACUUCGAAAUGUUCCUACCGCACAGCCCACCGGUGUUCAGUCACAGUCCACCCAACAACUUCCUAAGCGAAUUCGCCUCGCUUCAUCUUGGUUCUCAGCUACAAAGAACAGUGAGCUGCAGACAAAUGCAGCAAAGCUUCCAUAAUAAUAUAGGCUUUACAUCGAAACAUCGACCGUCGACGUCACCGAAACGUCCUUGCUUGGUGAUCAGGCCUAUCGAUGAAUCUUGCAAUUCGUCAGAUGAAGAUCCCACCAGUCCUACCAAGUCCAAGAAAAAAGUGGUUUUUGCUGAUGAUAGGGGAAUGUCUUUAACGCACGUUAGAGUCAUGAAUGAACCUUCCAACGUACCGCCCUUGUGGAGUAUGAAAUUUCUUGCUGAAGUUACUCAAGGUGUGACAGCUGAAGCUGAAGUACGCAAAGAACCUUGGGAAAUAACCUUCCUACAACCUGCCUCUGAUUAUGUGACUUUUCGCAAAAAACUAGACGACCAAAAGGUUUCACUGGAAAACGUGAUCGUCAAAGAAGCAGAAGAUCAAAUUAUUGGAACAGUUAAAGUUCAAAACGUUUCGUUCCAUAAAGAAGUGUUUGUUAGAAGCACUUACGACAACUGGAAAACUUACGAAGAUGCUUUUUGCACUUACGUGCCAAGCAACAUCGCAACAUCGGCCUCAACUUACAUUGUAUUCGACACGUUUUCCUUCAAAAUCAAUCUAACACCCAAAGCGAGAAAAUUGGAAUUUUGCGUUUGCUUCAGAUGCGACGGCAACGAAUACUGGGACAGUAACUACGGCAAAAAUUAUGUUAUUGUUAAAAAAGCACUGACCCCUAUCCAUAGGUCCCUGUCAGAGAACUCGUUGUUCAACAAGAAAGAUAAGGAGACGAUAGUUAACAAUAAUUAUAAAAAUAGAACAAAAUGUGCAGAUUUAUCGCACGCCAAACUGGACACUUGGUCGCAAUUUUCAAGCUGGAAUCAUUUGGACACAUCGUCGCCAUAUUGGUAGGAAUUUUUUUUAAAGUGGGAGUCAUUUUGACGCAAGGAUGAAUGGUCUAAGAAGUCUUAGAAAACUAUUGCAUAUUCUCCAAGAAUUGACAGGAAAACCUCAACAACGCAACUUCUAGAAUUUAACCUGGACACUUUCAGAAUGUAGAGCUUGUCCAGCAUAAUGACUGUGAAUCUGCUGAUUUUUGUAUGAAAACUGUUAAUUUCAAAAAGGGUCCUCACGCUUACUCAAUUUUUCAAGCUUGUUUUUUUGGUUGGAAAUAAGACAUGACUCUUCCUGAAGCUAAAUCUUGCGAAAUCUUGGUUGAUCAUUUGCGAAAAAUGAUAAUAAAUUUAAGUAAAAUGGCUCUAUACAGGGUGUUCCGAAAUUAAUGCACCAUGGCAUAUUCUACGUCGAAAAUAAGCCUUAUAGUUUCAUAUAGGUAUAAACAUAUGUCCAGAAACGCAUCCUUUCCGGGAUACAGUGUGUUGAAAUUUUAAGAAAAAAGCAAUUUUUUUAUCAUUAUUUUCAAACCACUCUGGAUAUUGUAUUGAAAUUUUGUACACUGCUUUCAAGCAGCAAAAGACAUUUUUUGAUGUGAAAAAUAUUAAAAAAAAAAAAAACACACAUUACAAGUGACGUCACACAAAUAAUUUGAAACUUUAGGUGUUUAAUGUUUAACAUUUUUAUCAUUUCCGUCAAAAGGGUUUAUCUUUCAGAAAAAAGUGAAGAGAUCAAAUUUGUUCCAAAUUGAAUGGAGUUUUGAAAAAUGAUUUUUAUUUUAAGAAAAAUCAAGGGCUCACCAUUGCUUUCCUAACAAAUACUCCAUAUACAAAUCUGGUACGGACGUCACUAGUUUUUUUUUUUUAAAUAAUUGCACAUCAAAAAAUGUCUUUUGCUGCUUGAAAGCAGUGCACAAAAUUUCAAUGAAAUAUCUAGAGUGGUUUGAAAAUUAUGAUAAAAAAAUUGUUGCAUUUGGAACACCCUGUAUAAUAAUUGAUGCACCGUUUGAAAAAUAUUUGACGAAAUACGUGUCAAUUUGGAUUAAAGCUUGAGGAAGAUGUUCAAUAAAUAUUUCAGAAAAAAAAACAAAUUAAAAAAUUAAGUCUGGCCCAUAUUUGAAUAAAAACCAGUUAACUAGAAUCGUGCUAUUAUUUCCACUUAUGAAUGGAUAAAAAAUAGAAGUUAAGAUCUAAGUUAACAAUGCAUACAAAGUGUCUAGAGUCCGCCAGGGCAGAAUCAUUUAAGAAAGGUAAAACCUUGAAGAGGUGUAGCUCCAAAUUUUCACCAAACAUGAAUUGAAACUUCCUCUACAAAACCCCAAAAACGAAAGUUGAUAUUUGACUCAAAAUAAGAGAUAAUUUUCCUACCACAUAAUAAACAAAUCGGUGGAGAAGGAUGCAUUAUUUUAUUUUCAAUUUCUUAGUUGUUUAGGGCAUACCUUUGUUAAGAUAUCGAAACGACCUGUUACACAAAAAAUCUUUGAGAUUUUGAUUUUCUUAGAUGAUUUGGCCAUCUAGACACCUCUAAAAGAAUGCAAAUUUUUAACUGGCAAAUAUUAUAUUGUGUAAAUGCGGACAAGCUACAAUACAAAAUAUUUAAAUCUUUAACAGUCUACGUAUUAGAAUAUAAGAUGUGUGCUUUUUUUUUGAAUGAAGAAGAAGAAAAUUUGUCCACCAAUGGAUCUGUGAUAAAAAUUAGAAACAAGUUUCUCGAGAAUAUUGUGGGUGCAUCAUGCCAUGUGAAUUAUUCAAAAGUACCUAUUUUUUUGAAAAAGACUGAUAUUUUAGUUGUGCAUUAAUUUUUUUUUUAGGUAGGUAGUAGAAAACGCUUAACUGUACAAACGAUAUUAAGUCAUAUAUAAGUGCAGCUUUAACCAAUUAUAAAUGGCCAACUUUUAUAAAGUUGGUCUUUUUUAAGAAGCUCAAUAUCCCUCCUUAUUAUUAAAAGUAGUUUAUAGAGCCUAACAAUAAUUAUUAUGUUAAUCAGAUUUGUAUAGGUACCUACUAAUGAAUGGAACAUUUUUGUAAAAUCGACCAUAUAUUACUCCAUAUAAUUUUUCAAAUAGGAUUCAAAUACAUUACAAUAAGUCUGAAUAUAUUAUACUUAAAUAUUGCUCUUAAUCUACACAAAAGUUAAACAAGUAUCAAAAUGUCAUAUAUUUGAAAAAAAAAAACUGAAACUUUUGUGUAUUCUACUACCACUGCUUUAUUUGAUCUUUUGUUGUGUGAUUUUCCUACUUUGGCUGCUUCACAUCAAAUAAAUUUAAGAAUACAAUAAAAAAAAACUAAGUGAAUUUAACAAAAGCCUAACAUUUGUGCCUUAUUAUCAUAUUAUUUUUAUUAUGUAUUGGAUGUCAUAAGGUAGUUAUCAUUUUUAUAUAAUGGAUAUAGAAACCAAGUUUUUGGGGAACAAUACAUAAUAUGAAAUAAUGCAAACAUUUUAUUUUUAAGAUUAUUAUCUAUAUGUUAUUUUUAUUUGUAAAAAAAUAUUUAGAUUAGAUACUAAGUUUAUACUUAUUUAAAAAACAAUUAUUGGAGAUUUUUUUUUAAACUCGUGAUAUUUUGUUAAGGAAAAUCUGAUUAUUGAAACCUGUUUGAAAUUAUAUAAUUACUUAGUUAGGUAUUAUUGUUUUACUCUUUAUUUUUGCCUGUAGGAUCCUAUGACGUAAUCUAUAUGUUUUAUAUAUAUUUAACUAUAUGUUUUUGUUUGGAUAUUUUUAUAGCCUACGAUACUUUUUAUAAGACUAUUAUUACUAUUUAAUGAUUUGUGUAAAAUAAAAUAGAGAAUUAAGGGGUGGGUUAUUUCUAUGUUUUUAUAUAAUUACUUUAUUUAUAUCAGUAGUAGAUGAUUGUACAAUAUACAUUUUGUUAAUAAAAUUAGUAUGUUACUUUUUAUUUUUUGUUUACUUUAAAUAUAGUUAUUGAAGCAUUUUAUCGGAAAAUUUCCAAUUUCCAAUUUUGAAGUCUAGAAACUCGUGUAAAAGGCCCUUUAAUUACUCAAAAAUACAAGUUCUAUAGCCAAAAUAGAUCAAAAAAGCUUUAGAAGCUCUAUAAAUCAUGAAAACAAAUUUUCCAAACUUCCAUUUUGUCUCUGGAAGCUGGAAGUUGUUCUGAGGCCCGAUUCUCGUAGGCAGUAGAUAAAGGCGAAAAAAAUUUUCUCUUGUGGAGCUCACUAUUGAAUUUUGAAUUUGGUCUGACUCUUGAUUCCAGUGUUCAAAAUGAAAAAAACUAGACAACAAACAUUAAAAUCUUACCAUGGUUUUUUGAAGUUCCUACCAUAAAUUCACAUAAUUUGGAUUCCAGUGUGUCUUUCCCAGCUACCUUCCUCAAAAAUCUUGCAGAUUUAGGAUUAAACUUUUUGUUAUUAGUGCGGCCCU